AUGGUCCGCGCAAGUCGAAUCGAAGAUGAAGAAUGGAAAAAAGACUUAUUGCUGCACUACGCCGGACCGAGUGUUCAACAAAUAUUCGAUUCGCUCCCUGAAGCCCCCGGAACUGAUAUGCGCGGCCCGUUGUUGAAUAUCGAACAUUACACUCCAAAUAUGACUGCCUAUGAAGAAGCCAGAGCUAAGUUAAACGAGUUUUUCUUGCCGAAAGAAAACUCCACCUACGAACGGCAUUUACUGCGACAAAUGAAACAACUAGCUGGGGAGAGCAUUGACACCUUCACCAUCAGAUUGCGGCUUCAGGCGGAACGCUGCGGUUUCGGUGACAGGAUGGAAGAAAAUAUAAAGGACCAAAUAAUCCAGAAUUGUCAGUCUGCUGUGCUACGACGUGAUUUGCUUAAACGCGGAGAUGCCAGUCUUGACGAAAUAUUGAGCGUUGCAAAGAUUUUCGAGACUGUAGCCCACCAGGAAAAAUCUUUUGCGAGCGUAGGUGAGUCGAAAUCACACGCCAACGAUGUCUGUAAGAUUGAAGCAACAUCUUAUAAGAAGCGAAUGAAAUUCAGCGAGCAGAAACAGAUGGAAUGUCAUCGUUGCGGGUUCUUCGGUCAUUUCGCUAAAGACGACAAGUGUCCAGCGAAUGGAAAGCUGUGUAAUAAGUGCGGUGGCAGAGAUCAUUUUGCGAAGAAGUGCCGAAGCAAACUACCGAGGCGCGAGUCGAAAAGUGUGGAUGGUAAAUUGAAAUUUGGAUGUGAAGGAAAUGACAAUUCUCAUGCAGGUCGUAAGGGUGACGAAAUCAAUAUAAUAAAACAUGUAACCGAUGAACAAGUGGAAUACAUCUUCAAUGUUACAACAACUGGUGGUAACGGUGAAAUGCCGUGCACAAUUGGAGGAGUAACGGUGACUGCAGUUAUUGACUCCGGUUCCAAGUAUAACUUGAUGAGUCAGUCUUAUUGGGAGCAACUAAAGGACUAA